AUGUCUGACCAUUGGGAUUUUGAGAAUCUCCCGAGGACGCGAGCUGGAAGUAUCCAGACGCACCUCACGAUUGUUCCCAGCGCCGCGGUCUCCAGCCCCCCGCUCCAACCCAUGCCAAGUGAAGCUCCUCCAUCCUUGCCCGUCCUUGCUCCCUCCCGGGAGCCAUCUCCCCAUGGACCAACGGUCAAUCCGGCAUCACGCCCUGCAUCACGCCCUGCAUCACGCCCUGCCUCUGCGACCUCUUCCCGCACUUCCUCUCGUGCACCCGCGAAUCCAGCUGCCACAGUCCAUGUCCAGGCUAUGCACCAGAUCAUGGCACGCGACAGUGGUACAAGGCCCUCCUCUCCGUUGCCGAGGAGAGUUGAGAUCCCCAUCGCUCCCGUCCAUGUGGAUGCUCGGCGGCUGUUUCACGGUGCUGAGAUAGCAAGGGCCCGCGAGGUCUUGCAGGCGUACAUGGCGGUUUACGAGGACGUGCAGUCCUGGCCCCAAGAUGCUGAGGUCGAGCUGACAGAGGCCCAGCGUGACAUCUGGGAGAGGGAGCUGGAGGCCUUGAAUACAUCUAUGGGGCUGUGGACGAAGUAUAUUGAGCUGGAGCUUGCAGAUGCCAGCGCAACCAAUGGUGCUGGCUACGUUGCGAUUGACGUACCCACCACAUUCACACCCCUGCAACAAGCGACCAUCCGGUCCCUCCGAGGCUAUUUUCAGGAGCGGAUGCAAGCCAUCCACAACUCCUUGGGCAACUGGCGGCGGAUACUGAGGGGAUUGCGCAGGCGGACCGAACAGGACACAGACAACACCAAUUCGGAGGAGGAGAACGGAUUGGCCCUUCGUAUGGCACGGGCGGAGGUGCAUCGUCUGGAAGAGAUGAGAUUUCUCUUGCGGGGACUUCGUGGUGUGUGUGACGCCCUUCUCCUUCCACCAGAUGAACAAGCCGCCAACUCUGAUGAGGAGAUGGACCUGUGGUAA